CAUUUCCUGGCCAGCGCAGAUGUCUGUGAGAGAGACGUUUGGAAACAGAAACUGAUGAAAACUGUGUCGACUAUGUCGAGAUGGCUUGACUGAAUCACAGAGUGUCGUGUUUAGAGAUCAGAGUAAACCUUAGAGGAGCAGCCAUGGCCUGCGCUCGAGUGCCGCUGGAUGAGCAGCAGGUGACGGAGUUGGGCCCUUUGGGAAAGGAGCGCACUCUGCCUGCACUGCACCCAGACAGGAAGGAGGAGCGCUGCUUCGUGCCUUACAAACCUCUCCCAGAAGACGGCUCUCCGGCCGAGGUGGAGGAGUUUCUGGAGCACGCCAGGUUUAUAGCAGAAGACCUGGAGUGGCUGCUGGCGCUGCCUCACGACAAGUUCUGGUGUCAGGUGGUGUUUGACGAGUCUCUGCUGCAGUGUCUCGACUCGUACCUGGAGCUGGCUCCGCGCGGCCUUGACCUUUGCACCUUGCCCCUGUCGCCGGCGGUGGCCGACGUGCAGCGCACCGUCCACAAGGCGGUUUUCCUGACCUUCCUCCGGAUGGCCACUCAUAAAGAGUCCAAGGAACAUUUUAUCACCCCGCCUGUGUUUGGAGAGAUUAUCUACAACAACUUCGUGUUCGACAUUCCUAAAAUUCUGGAUUUGUGCGUUCUCUUUGGAAAGGGCAACAGCCAGCUGCUUCAUAAGAUGAUAGAGAACAUUUUUACUCAGCAGCCUGCUUACUACAGCGACCUGGAGGAGACGGUUCCCACAGUGCUACAGGUGUUUGACACAAUCUUGGAGAAAUGUGGUCUGCAGUGCGAAGGAGCCACGGCCAUGGAGCCGAUGAAGCUGAACGCACAGAAACAGCCGACGGCCAUGAGCAUGAACCUGGAGGAGCUGGUAGAUAUAGUUUUGUAUUUGUGCGACUCGACCACCACCAUCCACACCUUCCUGGACAUCUUUCCCUCCGCUUGUUCCAGCUUCCACUCCCACGGCUUCCUCAGCAGGCUGCCGCCGUUUUACGAGGCCACCGUGCCGGAUUUGGAGAAAGCCAUCAGGAAGAGAAACUUUGACGAUAAAAGUCUGCAGGAAGACCUGUGGAAGAGGAUGAGCCACUCCCGCAGGAAGAUGGUGGAGACGACUCACCUGCUGCUGCACCACACCUGCCUGCAGCCCAUCCUGGAGGGUCGAGAAAACAUGCAAACGUUUGCUGAGGAACUCCUGCAAUAUUUUACAUCUUUUUUACCCGAGAAAAGGUUUCUAGUCGACUUCGACGAGCAGUUUCCCAUCUCAGACGACAUCAGCCUCCUGCAGCAAGCUCUCCCUGUCAUUGACGAGACGAGGACGUCGUAUUUGCUGCAGGGUGUGGAAAGCGCCUGGGACGCCACGGGCCGACGAAGACCACAGACUGAAGGCGCUUCCUCGUCGUCGGCCGAUCAGGGCGCGGCGGCGGCGGCCUGUUCGGACGGCUUCGGGUCGCCAGAGGUCAAAGAGUCGAGAGGAGAGAGGCUGUUGGGGGCCGAGGCCAAGAUGGCCGCCCCACAGAAAGGAGACAACGGCGCCGUGUGUCCUGUGAGCGGGCCGGAGCUCGAGUCGCUCCUGUCCUGCAUCAGGGAUCUGCUUCCUGACCUGGGCGAAGGCUUCCUGCUGGCGUGUCUGCAGGAAUACGGCUACAACUCUGAGCUGGUCAUCAACAACAUCCUGGAGGACCGACUGGCUCCCAGCCUGGACAAACUGGACCGAACCAUGCCGAGGCCGGUGAAAGAGGAUCUCCCAGAUGUCCUGAACAACCGAUCCAACGUGUUCGACGACGACGAGUUCGACGUCUUCCGCAGGGAUCAGGUGGACAUGUCCCGCGUCUGGAAGGGCAGGAGGAAAGGCGAGAGCGCCCGAGAGAUGCUGAACGACAAGCAGCACAUAGCGGAGCAGCGAGCGCGCUACCAGACGUACGAGACGGUGGUGGACGAAGUCGCCGUCGAGCCAGGAGCGUCGGGCGGCGCCGACACCUACGACCUGGACGAUUACGACGACGAGUAUGAUGACACGUACGACAUGAACCAGAUUGGAGCCAACGACCUGGACGGAGACAGUUUACUGAGCAGGAGGCCGUUCACCGUCCCACAGGUACUGAGGAAAGGAACCAAAGCAGAGGAGGAGGAGCAGGAAGACGAUGAAGACAAAGAUGUUUCACAGAACCCUGUGAACCGGGACCAGUUCGUUCAGGACCCGGCUCUGCUGAGGGAGAGAGCCGAAGCCAAACGAGCUGCCAUGCAGCAGAAGAAAGGGUUUCGGCCCGAGCGGCCCAGUAACGUGGUGGGUCGACCCAAAGGCCAGGGACAGACCACAGAGACGUUCCUGGACCGACGCAAGAAGGAGGCCAAUAAGAGCCGCGUGAGCAACCACAACCGGCGCUCCAUGGCGGACCGGAAGAGGAACAAAGGCAUGAUCCCCUCCUGACCCGCUCCACGGCGCUGCUGGAGCCAGAGGAGGUCCGGUUGACCCGGUUCUGGUCUAUCACCACAACGUUCUCUGUGGAUCUUUUUUUCUUUUUUUAAAAACCAAAACGAUUUAUUUUAGCACUGAUUUCCUUCCUCUGCUCAUCACAACCACAAUUAGACGUUUUAUUUUUGCCAAGUAACAAAUCGGUUUAUUAUUACGAUCCAAAGAUGUAAACAAGUAAGACAUCAAAGAGCGUUCCCUCCAUCAAAGAGCGUUCCCUCUCCUUCUGGAAGAAUAUCAGCCGACCAAACGAUCAGAGUGGAGGUGAGCGCCCCCUCCUGGCCGCUCUGAUCGCGAGAACCGGGUCAGAAGGAAACGGCUGGAAGCACAGGCUGCGUCAUGUCGCCAUGCACAAACUAUUUUCUACAAGAGAACUCAUCUAUCUGUCAGAACAUUUUGUAACAAGACAAAUUAUUACUAUUUUGGAGUUGACAUGACAAAAAAAACAACAAAAAAGCAGAUAAUAAAUAAUGCAGUUGUUUUGA